AUGAAGUUCACCGCCGCCAUCUGCCUCUUGGCCUCUUACGCAGGCUUUGCUGCCGCCGCCACCGGUUGCAAGGUUGAGCUGCUCAACUUCAACAGUGUUGCGGUUGGCACCGGCUGCGUUCCCUUCAACUACUACGCCUCUAUCUACGAUCCCAACACCCGUGCAGGCUACACCAUCCAUGCCACCAACGACUGCGGGCUCAGCGUGCAAGCGGGUCAAAGGCUCCCCGAGAACUACUCUCUGCGCAAAGCCGGGUUCUGCUGA